AUGACCGAAUCAGACGUCUCGAAGCCUAAAAAGGUUGUGCCUCCACGGGAAGGCGACGCGACCGUUCCUCAGCUACUGAGCCACGAUUUCUUGACAAAGUUCCCGAAGCUUUCUACUGAACAAGCCGGUCAUUUACGGCAUUUUCACAAUCUCGUCGCCCAAAAGGAUGGAGAUUGGCACCACAUGGGUAGUCAAGAGCCCGGGCAGGAGUGGCUCGACGCGUAUCGAUAUCAACUUGCCACCAUGGCAUACGCUACCGGGGCGGCGCAUUACCAUAGACUCCCUCUCCUCAGAUCCGUGUUCAAGACGUUGCUUGAAUCGCUGAUUAGGAAAAUGAUGCUGCGAGAUGUCUGGGGGUAUUGGUUUCUAACUAGUCACAGUGGUAAACUCAUGGAUCCAGAUCUGACCGAACUGCGCCAGCCCUGGGCGGACCCAGUGGUAAGAGAGAACAUUAUGUACUCUGGUCACCUUCUUCUGAUGAUAUCCUUAUACACAAUGCUUUUCAACGAUGACAAGUUCAAUGAAGAAGGCGCCCUUGAGUUUAACUGGUGCCCUGUGUUCUGGGGGAUGGGACCAGAAAGAUUUACAUACAAUAGAGCAAGCCUGCAGGCUGCUAUUGUCAGGGAAAUGGAACGAGAGGGAUGGCUGGGGGUAUGCUGUGAGCCAAACAGCAUCUUCAUCGUUUGCAAUCAAUUUCCGUUGAUCGCGAUACGUUACAAUGACGUACGCGAUGGAACUUCUUCAUCGGCCACGGUUCUUGAACAAUAUCAAGCUGCAUGGAAAGCAAAGGGCAUGUUUCAAGAAAACGGUCUCUAUAUUGACUCGUUUUCCCCCAAGCAGGAUCGCAAGCGGCAUGCGAAAGAUGUUGGAUUCACAGCUUGGGCCGUUGCAUUCUUGAAUUCUUGGAACCCGGCGAGUGCAAACAGCGCGUACAACACUGUUAUUAGGUCCAUACCGCUGGGCAGUGCUUCACUGGACGGCGCAUAUAAAUCAUUUGCCAUCAAACCCUUAAUGCCCGGAGCCACAGUUCACUUGAAUAAACCAGUGCUUGGAUACACUUCAAUGAUGAUUUCCGAGGCAGGUGAUUUAUCGACGCUACAAAAGCUACUUGAUCUCGUGGACAACAAAUUCACUCCAAACUGGGAUGAGGGUGGGCUAUUUUAUGCCCCUUCAAGAAGCAGCAACAACUCUUGUGUGGAUAUGGAUCGAUUCACCGGGAACGCGGCCAUUGCAUACGCGCGACUGAACGUACCACAGGGGCAACGCAAGAUGUAUGAGAAUCCAUGGGGCAACGAGCACUUUGCGAAUUAUCCAUUCAUUGAUAAUGUCGAUCUCUCGAGCGGUGUGGACUUUCUACGUGGCAAUUGGGACCAGAACAAGAAAACCCUUGUCCUCACUCUUCGUUCAUUCGAUGGACAGAGCAAAUGGGUCGAGCCACAACUUUCGGGAUUCGCCAAGGGCUCAUAUUGCGUUUAUCAAAAUGGAAAGCUCAUAGGAGUAUAUGAUCUUUUUGAAAAGACGGAUAUCAUUCAGCUCGACCUACAAGUUACGGCGCAGGAACUCGAUGUCGUGAUUAAACUAGUGUAA